AUGAAUUCUGGCGUAAAAUGUCACUCAUCAUGUCUCGUUGCUUACAAUGAUCUGAAAAUGCACAAAAAACAUCGUUAUGUUUUGCUUCACAUCGACGGAGGGGGAGAAGUCCGCAUUCUGAAAGAAGCUAAGAGAGAGGCAACGUACGAAGAUUUCAGAAACGAUAUGAUUGAAGCAAUGAAGUUGGGAGAUGGUCGAUACGUUGUAUAUGACUAUGAAUAUCCCAAUAAAACUACAGACUUGUUUUUUAUUAUGUGGACCCCGAGGAACUUAAGCCUUUUGAAAAAUAUGGUGUAUGCGUCCACGAUGUGCUGUAUAAAGUGUCAGUUCCAAGGGGUCAAGCACACCUUGGAAGCACAUGACCUGGAAGAUAUUAGUGAGGAGCGUUUUAUUGAGGUGGGGAAACAGAAUAGACUGUGCUAG